AUGACUUCUCAAAGUAGCUACGGCAGCAGCCUACUGUUCCAAACAAUGAACGACGACCUAAACGCGUCGCUAGCCAACGCGGAUGAGCUAGCUAGCCAGUUUGACUCCAUGCUGAGGGAUGCCUCCGGAUCCAAAGACAAGCAACGUGAAUAUAAGAUUCCCCAUUACAACAUCCCACCACUGUCUACCGCCUCCGACGUGCGGAGCAACUGGACUAACAUCAGCCCCACGUCCACGUCAACCCUCCGCUCAAUGGAUGUGACCACUACGAUUAAAAGCACGCCAACCUCCCCGGCACCCUCAGUCAGCCCGCUUUCCUCGCCCAGAAUCGCCCGAUCAACGUCGUCUCUGCCCCGAGGUGCUUCUGACGGGUACUCGUACCAGCAGAUUAGCCCCAAGCAUUCGCCACACAGCCCGAGACGAAGCUACGACCACAGUCCCCGCCGUUCGCCGGGCUACGCGGAAAGGAGUCCGUCCCCGGGUCACGCUCCUGCCUCGCACCUGCCGCUUCCCUCGCCCAACCGGCUCAGUCCCUUCGACGGUCGGAGGUCGCCUAGGCCCGACCGGGGCCCGUCGCCUUUGUCGUUUCAUCAUCCCGUGGCUGAAACGCUUCCACGGGCAUUUGCGUUCAGGCAAAGUGAUGAGGGUGUGCAGAGGCAAAAGAGUCCCAGCAAGUGGAACGAGACGGAUCUCGACAUGUCCUUUGAAAGCAAGCCUCACCACACCUACGACAAGAGUGAGUGGAUUAGAACAUCCGUGCCAAACAGCAACUGGAGGGAAUCCAACCUGGACGGCCCUCCUCCGGCCCCCGGCCCCAAAAAGAAUCAUCGUGCUCCACCUGUCCAGUUCCCCCAGGGCUCCUUGUCCAGAAACACUCGAGUGACAGUACUUCCAGAAGUGGCAUCUUCUAACCCGUCCCAUCAGUAUCACCAGCAGCCAAUCAUUUCGCGCAUUUCCAUUCCUCCCAUUGCCGCCCAGUCGCGCCAGCGUAGGCCCAUCCCACUCUCUGUCAUCAUGCGUCUUCAGAACCCCCAAUGGGGUGCCAUGUCCCCCAGGACUGGACCUCCUGGGGACCCUUGGGAGACUUCCUCCCAGCCUGCCACAUCCAGGAACUUCUUCAGCCAGGCUGCCAUGCAUCCGCCACCGGAGUUGAGACAACCGGCCAUUUACAGCGACGCACUAAACCCAGGUGACAUUGACGCAGAGCUAUCUCGACUAGACAUAGUUCACCACAUUGCACAGAUCCAAGAGGGCGAACCUAGCACCCCUCAGGGCCCUCCCCGACCUCUUAGCCCCACCCGGCUACAACCUGUGGUGGCUCCUGAAGCCCAGAGCCAGGAGAUCCCCGACCUGGAAGAGCUGCUACGCAUCCGUUCAGAGAUCCCUCGACCCCUGAAAAGGCGCGGCUCGGUGGAUCAGUCGCGACCCCUUCAGAGGGCGUCGCACUACGAGCCCAACCAGUACAAGAAGCUCAUCAACAAGCUCUUUCGGCGCAAGGAGCCCCGGCACAAGGGUGAGAGAGGCAGCGAACGGGGCAGCGAAACCAGCACCUCGUCGGAGGAAGAGGAAAUCGCUGCAGUUCCACUGCCACAACCCCCGCCGACAUCCACCCUUCACGACUUCAGAAACUACCAUUCCAUCCUGAGGGCUAGCCGGGACCGCAAAAGCUCCGGUAGACGAGCCCGCCUUAGCCCGCUGGUGCUAGCGCUGGACGGUGCACUUGUGGGAGAGCUGGAAACGGUUCAGCGUGCAGUACAGGAAAUGCCGGAUCCGAGCCAGUCCAACGAUGAGGGCAUCACGGCGCUCCACAACGCUAUCUGUGGUGGACAUUACAAUGUGGUGGACUUCCUGGUUCGCAUUGGCGCAAAUGUUAGUGCACCGGACAGCCACGGAUGGACUCCGCUACACUGUGCAGCCUCGUGCAACGACCGGCUUCUCUGCGAAUUCCUGGUGAGAAACGGAGCGGCCGUCAUGGCGAUAACUGAGAGUGACGGCGCCACGGCCGCGCAGAAAUGCGACCCGUACGCCGUCGGCUUUGAGGAGUGCGAGACCUUUCUGAGAGGCAGAGAGGAAGCGAUGGGAAUUGAGAACAGUGGCGUGUUGUACGCCCUGUGGAGUUACCCGGCUCAAGCUCCUGACGAACUGACCUUCCGAGAAGGGGACAUGGUCACCAUCCUACAGAAGCAUGAUGGCUCCGACUGGUGGUGGGCGUCACUAUGCGGCCGCGAGGGCUUCGUGCCUAACAACUACUUUGGGCUUUUUCCAAAGGUUCGACCAAAAUCUCUUUCUUAG